CAGCUGUGCGAUGAUCUUGAACAUUCUAUUCACUAGUCAAACAUCAAAAUUGUCACGCGACCUUACUGAGCUGUGAGCUCUAGCAAAACAUUGGACCAUUGGACAUCUUGCAAAAAGAAGAGGAAAAAAGAGAACUGUGAAGCCGUCUUCUGCUACCUGCGAGAUAAUGCUACACCGUUGAGAAAUGACAGCAUUUCGAGCACGUUCCGCGUUCUUGUGCAGGUGGAGCCUCGUCAUCGUCGAAAUCUUGCUGCUUUGCGACAUAUCGCGACAUGGGUCAUACGGCGAGGUCGUGACUAACCUAAACACAAACGGAACCGUCGUCACCGAGAACAGAACCGUGUCCACGUUGACGGAUGCUCCGACUGUAUCGAAUGUCACGACGAACGUCACCGUGUCAGCCAAAUUGUCUAGUACAACGCUACCCACGAACAGUGUCAGCCACGUCGUCGUUGGUCAUAAUGCCAGUUCUUCGACUACUGCGAAACUAUUAUCAUCAUCAUCACCACCACCACCACCACCACCACCAGUCCCUGCCGCGAGCACGACGCAGUCCGUCGAGAAUACGAGCCAUCAAACUACCAUCGAGAAAAACGGCGCAACGUCACCGGGUUCCAUCAUCGACAGGAACAACGCAACAGAUAUUCCCGGUGUAUCAUCGCAGAGUCCGGAUGCUAACGUCAACGCGACCAAUGUCACCACGACCACCGUCGCCCCGGCGGAACCGGUUCUUCCUGACAAAGGUUCCGCCGAGGAGGAGCACAACAGUUCUAUGUCUAUAUUCUUUGUGCUGUGCGUCCUCGCGCUGGGCAUACUGCUGAUACACCUGAUGCUGCAGACCAACUUCCAGUAUCUGCCGGAAUCAGUGGUGAUCGUUUUUCUGGGCGCCGCGAUUGGCAUGAUCAUAAACCUCAUGUCGCAUCAGAACAUAGCGAACUGGCGAAAGGAAGAGGCUUUCUCGCCAACCGCAUUUUUUCUGGUCCUGCUACCACCAAUCAUCUUUGAAUCGGGAUAUAAUCUACACAAGGGAAAUUUCUUUCAGAACAUUGGGAGCAUCAUGGUGUUUGCUAUCUUCGGGACAGCCAUCUCUGCGUUUGUUAUUGGCGCCGGGAUAUAUCUGCUGGGUCUGGCGCAGGUGGCAUACAAGCUCAGCUUCGUCGAGAGCUUCGCGUUCGGCUCGCUGAUCUCGGCAGUCGAUCCGGUUGCCACGGUUGCGAUCUUUCACGCGUUGGAUGUCGAUCCAGUCCUGAACAUGCUGGUCUUUGGAGAAUCGAUUCUAAACGACGCAAUCUCCAUUGUGCUGACCACUUCCGUCCUCGAGUCCAACAACGCGGCGACGACCAGCGAGGCUAUUAUACUCGGCUUGAAUCGAUUCUGCCUCAUGUUCUUCGCGUCAGCGGGGAUCGGCGUGGUGUUUGCUCUGAUAAGUGCGCUGCUGCUGAAACAUGUGGACCUUAGGAAGAAUCCGUCUUUGGAGUUUGGCAUAAUGUUAGUGUUUACAUACGCCCCGUAUGUUUUAGCAGAGGGUAUACAACUGUCAGGAAUUAUGGCGAUUCUAUUCAACGGAAUAGUUAUGUCACACUAUACACAUUUCAAUUUGUCAACUGUUACGCAAAUCACAAUGCAGCAGACAAUGCGAACACUAGCCUUCAUUGCUGAGACCUGCGUCUUUGCCUAUCUGGGAUUAGCAUUGUUCAGCUUUAGACAUAGGUUUGAGCCAGCAUUAGUCGUUUGGUCUGUAAUCUUGUGCCUGAUUGGAAGAGCCGCCAAUAUCUUUCCAUUGGCUCUGCUAGUUAAUCGCUUCCGCGAGCAUCAAAUCACGAGGAAGAUGAUGUUCAUCAUGUGGUUCAGCGGCCUGCGCGGUGCUAUAUCAUACGCAUUGUCGCUUCAUUUAGAUUUCAGCGACGAAACACGUCAUGUUAUUAUAACAACGACACUCAUCAUCGUAUUAUUCACAACCUUGAUAUUCGGUGGAUCUACUAUGCCUCUGCUGAAAUUUUUAAGGGCCGAAAAGAAGCAGAAAAGCAAUAGCAGGAGAAAGAAGAAAGAUAAGGAAGUUACAUUGAGCAAAACAAGAGAAUGGGGACAAACCAUAGAUUCCGAGCACUUGUCGGAACUGACGGAGGAGGAAAUGGAAGUAUCCUUUUUGCAGUCGCGAAUACGCGGUUUUGCGAGGUGGGAUCUGAAAUUUUUUAUCCCAUUCUUCACGAGGCGAUUCACGCAGCAGGAGUUGAAGGACUGCAAAUCGCAGAUGACAGAUCUGACGAAUCAAUGGUAUCAGGCCAUCAGAAUCAGUCCAAUAGAAUCGGAUGACGAAGCGACUACAGCAUCGACCGCACAAUUGAAUUUAAAUGUCGCCGGAACGGCUAAAGAACAACCGCACGGGAAAGAAAAGAACGGACGUCCUAGACACGGAGCUGAGGAGGAUUGGUCUGAUUAAAGUCCAACUUGUUGCUACAAAUAUAUUUUCUCCUGGGUGGAUUAUAUUAAUUUCUUAUUUCAUAAAUAAUUUUUUUAAUCGCGCAAUACUUUUUGAAUUGAUGAAGAUUAUUUAAGUGAUCUGAUAUUUUCGUUAGUAUUAGAAAUGCGUACAAAUAACAGAUUUCUCUAUUUGUGUUAAUCUUGUUAUGCAUAUUUAUAGUUAUUCUAAAAUUAAACUGUAUGAAAGUAAAGUUAUAACCAGGAAACAACGAAGUCUGCCACAGUAAUGUGUAUGAUGAUAGAAUAAUACUGUAUAGUUUACAUUCAUUUAAUUAUGUUAUAAUUUUAAUAAUUUAUUUCAAUAAGUAAUAAGUUAUUCGAACAAAUUUGAUAAAUUAGCAACGGUAAAUUGAAAUAAUUUAUAACAGUCUUUACUUAUUAUUAGGCUUGUUUUUUUAGCUAAACUUCUUGCACAGUUCUUUUUCCUUUAACUCUUCAACGGGAAAAGAAAAGCAAAAAGGAUAUAUAAAUCAUGCAAGAAAUUCAACUGAAAAGAACAGGCUUAUAAUUUCUUAGGAUUGCAAUCAUACUUGUAAAAAAAGUACAUUGUUAUCUGCAUUAUUAUCACAUUUGUGUCAGUACUUGUCGAUGUUUUUAUGAUUUGAAAUUGAUUUUAUAUUUAGUCUUGUUAGACAUAUUUGUAUAUUGAAAAUAUUUUAAUUUGAACAAACAACAAAUAUGAAAUAUUAAAAUUGAAUUGAAUUGUUUCCCAGUUAUUAACUACCUGUGAUAUUGUGUUGCGAAAAAGAAAUAUUUAUAUCGUCAUAUGAAUAGUUACGAACACGUGUUUCGUAUCAUAUCGUUUCGUGGGAGAGACUGCGUUAUCUUGCUUCCUUGACACCGAGCGUUAACCCAGCGAAUAAAUUUUGUAUCUAGAAACAAGAGCUGGUAAAAGAUACGCGAGUAUGUCCUACGUUAUGAGAUUCGAGUAAAAUAUAAACGAUAUUGCAUUUGGCAGGCAAUUUAUAAGUUUAUCUUGUAACUGAUGGUGUACACAAGCGGAAAGGUAUAUCAACCAAGUUGUGGGACAAAUUGCGUUCGAAUAUUCUUACUCUCUUCGUCCAUAGUAUCCGAAACACGCAUGUUUAAGAACCGUAAAUAUAUUGUAUAUUACACUUCGUACAACCGCGCGUAGUCACAUGAAGGGGGACAAUAAAGGUGAUAUAAUUUGUGAUAUACAUAAUAAAUUGUAACAAUAAACUCACAUGAGCGAGACUUCA